AUGGCUGCCUCUUCACUCAUUUCAGGGCAGCAUGCGCCCGUCCCCAGGAGCAGCACCCCCCCCAACGGCUGGACCGGCAAAGGCCAAGUCUGGGACUCCUGCAGACCGCUUGGAAAGCCGCCGUACGUACCAUGCCGCUCGGAUGAGGCGUACCGCCCGGCCCCCGGGGGCUUCGCUUUCCACACCACCCAUGCGGAAAACAGCCCCCUGCGGCCCAGGAUCGUGACCGUGGUGCGGGCCGGCAGAGGAGGGCCAGCAAGCGAGACAGGAGGGAGGCAGCUGAGGAAGAUCACCAUCCUCCUGAACCGGCGUGCCGUGCAGACCUUCGAGCAGCUGGUGGCCGACAUCUCGGAGGCGCUGGGCUUCCCGCGGUGGAAGAACGACCGCGUCCGCAGACUCUUCAGUCUCAGGGGCCGCGAGAUCCGCAGCGUGUCUGACUUCUUCCGCAACGACGACGUGUUUGUGGCGGCUGGGAGGGAGCGCCCGUCUUCAGGGGAGGUGCAGGAGGUGCUGGAAGAGCUCUUCCCAGACAGCUCCUGCUUUCAUAGCACGGUCCUGCAGGCCUGGGAGAGGCUCCUCCGGCCGCCGGUCAAGACCUCCAAGACUGACAGCGGCUUCCAGGAGGAGCCAGAGCCUGUGCAAGGAUGGCCCGUGGGGGUCAGGGCCGCCGGGAACGGCUCCUUGAAGAGCAGGGACAGAGCCUUCCAGAGCAGGAGGCAGAUGCACAAGUGUGAGCAGGUGAGAGCAGAGGGACGGGGAGGGAAGUCACGGGUCAGGAACGUGAAGGAUCUUUUCCCUGCAAAGGCCAAAGCAGAGAAGGCUGACGGCACACAGGUGCCGUGUCGAGCGGCACGGUCCCACAGAGAGCCGCUUGUGCCCAUCACAGCAGAGCGAGUGCUGCCUGCUGUGGGUGUUCAGGACACAGAGGCUGUCGGGGUCCCGGAGGAACAGCAGGUAAGAAGCGAGGGGGCUGGAGAAAGAACAGGGCAGAGCACUUGCCAUCCACAGAAGCUGCCAGGGGAUGUGGUGACUUGCGGUGUCAGUCCCUCCGUCCCCGAAACAAAGGGGACAGCGAGUGAGGGGGAGGCGGAAUGUGGAUCAACCUCUCCUGGAAUUCCCCAGGCUAUGACCCAAACAUCUGCUGAAGCUCACCAGGAAAGUGUCUCUCCAGCAACGGAGAACAGCUCCGAGCACAAGGAGCGGCCAGAGCGCCCCCUCCUGGAAGGCACGGGAGCGAUGGAGUCUGAGGCCGAACUCCCGGACUUUCUCCCGGCAGGACCGGUCCUCAGCCAGAGCGACCUUGAGCGACACUACGAGAUUGGGCGCGUUGUUGGAGACGGGAACUUUGCAGUGGUGAGGGAGUGCCGCCGGCGGGACGCGGGCACAGGGGCCACCCCCUUCGCCAUGAAGAUCAUCGACCGUGCCAAGCUGCGUGGCAAGGAGCACAUGGCCCAGAACGAGAUCUCCAUCGCGCAGAGCCUGCGCCACCCCAAUGUGGUGCGAUUCCUGCGGCACUAUGAGACCGCGGAGCGCAUUUACCUGCUCAUGGAGCUGGUGGCUGGUGGAGACCUCUUUGACGCCAUCACCGAGAACGUCAAGUUCCCAGAGGAGCUCGUUGCUUGCCUACUCCGAGAUGUGUGUGAGGCGCUUGCCUACAUCCACGCAAAGUGCAUCGUACACAGGGACCUGAAGCCAGAGAACCUGCUGGUGCAGCGCAACGCAGACGGCAGCACCACGCUGAAGCUGGCCGACUUUGGCCUGGCCACGGUGGUGACCGAGCCCAUCUUCACCGUGUGUGGCACUCCCACCUACGUGGCCCCAGAAAUCCUAGUGGAAAAAGGCUACGGUCUGCCGGUGGACAUGUGGGCGGCAGGCGUGAUCGCUUACAUUCUGCUGUGUGGCUUUGCGCCGUUCCGCAGCCAGGACAAGGACCAGGAGCGGCUGUUCCAGCUCAUCCAGCAGGGGGAGUAUGAGUUCUUGUCACCGUACUGGGAUGGCGUGUCUCCUGGUGCCAAAGACUUCACCGGGCAUCUGCUUGUGGUGGACCCCCAGACGAGGAUGACGGCCAGAGCGGCACUUCAGCAUCCGUGGCUGCAGGGCAGAGGUCACCCAGGUCACACGGGUCACGCUGAGCACUGA